UUCUCUGACGCGACGUCACAUCCGCCCACCGGUUGUUGACAAAGGGCUGUCUCAUUGCUGUACGAUCGGAUCACAUUUAAAGUGGUAAACUGUUUGUUUUGUUGUGUCAUGUCAAAUGCCAGUGUCGUGGAAAUGGACAGUUCAGCGUGGCAUCUCUCCCUAAAACCGUGUGACAAACCAAAGUCAGUCUUCCAGUUUCCAGACGCUGAACCUGGAGACGUCCAUCCAGGCAGAUAUCUGGUAUCAACACUUAAACAGCUGAUCUCGGCACAGUUACCAGAUUCACUGCCAGACCCUGAGCUCAUAGAUUUUGUGCAUUGUGGCUGUUUGCUCAAAGAUGAUCUUACGUUAGACUCCUAUGGCAUAAAGUCUGGAUCAACAUUACAUAUUAUAAAGAAGAUGUGGCCGGAACCUGAGGUCAAGCCAGAGCCAGUGAACAGGUCUGCGGCUGCAAGAGAAUUCAGGAUGAUGCAGGCAGCAUUGCACUCCAAUGCAGCGUACAGAGAAGCAGUGUUUAAGACGCUUGGUAAUAAGGAAUCUUUGGAUCAAAUUAUAGUGGCCUCACCGGGACUCAGUUCAGACCCUGUUGCAUUAGCUGUGCUCCAAGAUAAAGAUCUGUUUGUACAGUUUACAGACCCAAAUCUUCUAGACAGGUUAAUCGGUUCUCACCCAGCAUUGGUCAAUGCAAUCAUCUUGGUCCUGCACUCUGUAACAAGCAGCAUGUCCAGCCAAACCAGCGCCGGCUCAUCACGCAAUGUGACAGCCAGUUCUUACAGUGAAAUGCCAGGAGGUUUUCUCUUUGAGGGAAUGUCUGAUGAUGAUGAAGACUUCCAGUCUGGAAACAGAGCUGGCUCAUCUAGACACCAGAGACCAUCUGCAGGGUCCAGACCGAUGACACUGGGUCACAAUGGAGCUAUGGGGCCACGUCCCAUCACCCAGAGUGAACUAGCAUCGGCACUGGCUUUAGCCAGCACCCCAGAGAGCAGUGCGAUCACACCCACGCUGGGUGCUCAGGAAGUGUCGUCUGCUGGGACAUUGGUAACGCCAGGGGUUCCCGUCACAAGCAGUCUGCUCAGUCAGGCACUGCAGCAAGCUCUGCAGGCCUCUGGUGUGAGCGCACUACAGGGACGCUGGCAGUCUCAGAUGCAACAGUUGAGGGAUAUGGGGAUCCAGGAUGAGGAACUUGCGCUGCGUGCAUUAGCAGCCACAAAUGGAGAUCUACAGGCAGCUUUGGAGCUCAUAUUUGCUGGUGGACUCUAAUUUUGGACUGAGUCUUGAAAUACUGUAAAAAGACCAAGGCUACUGUCACUGUUAAUUAAAUAUAAAGUGUUGCCAUACACAAACGGUAUUGUAUUCUAUUUUUUACUCAAAUAAACUUUGGACUCAAUGAUUUCUUUUCUAGGAGUGUAAUUGUUCAAAGUUUUAGAGCAUUUUCCCCCACAUUUUGGAAUAAUAGCAAACUCAUCAAAACAACGGACUGACACCCAUAAAGCCUUGUUAAAUGCAUUGGUGUACUUCUGAUUUAUUUUUACUGUAAAGCCAUGUGAAAAUAAAGGUUUUUUAUCUUCCAUUA